AUGACUACAUUAAAAAAGAUUGCUUUCGGUUACAAUACUAUGACCAUUUAUGCACGACGACCAUUUAACGUUCUUUUCAUACAAAUAUCUGAUGGUAAUUAUUAUCUAGCUGUAUUAAGAGAAAGAUAUAUACCAUCUGAAUAUAUUCAUACUCAAGUAUUACCAAAAAACCGUUGUUAUCCAGUUCUUGAUCUUUUUAAUGAUACUUUUCGUCAGUAUGAAUAUCUACGUCGGGUGAAAUAUUAUCCUCUUUUAUGUCGUCAAGAUUCACAAUUGAUGUGCUUUUAUGAUGAAUACUUCAUGUGUAUAUGUGAUCGUGAUCGGUUUUCAAAUUGUUUCGAAUUUAAUAAUACGAUAAAAUAUAAUUGUAAUGGAAAACAUCUUUGUUAUAAUGAUGGUCAAUGUUUUCUCAACAAUGAAACCUGUCCAACAACAUUCAUUUGUGUGUGUAAUGAUUGUUACUAUGGAAAGCAAUGUCAAUUUUCAACAAAAGAUUUCAUUUUUUCACUCGAUCCAAUUCUUGGAUAUCAUAUUAAACCAAGCAUUUCACUUCAUCAAGAACCAUUUAUUGUCAAAUUCAGCAUUAUUAUUACUACAAUUAUGUUGUUUAGAAUUAAUCAUGGGUUCAUUGUCUAUAGCAACAUUUCAAGUGAAAAAAUCAAGAGAAGUUGGUUGUGGUUAUUAUCUUCUCGUAUCAUCGAUUAG